AUGCCUAAAAUCCUGCUUUUCGGCGCAGGCGGCGUGGGAAGCAUUUACACCUACGUUCUCACGCAAGGCGGCGCCUCGGUGACAGCAGUCUGCCGUUCGAAUUAUGAAACAGUCAAGAAGGAUGGGUUCACAAUAAACUCUGCGAUAUGGGGGGAGGGGAUACAAGUCAAACCGGAGGUCGUUCGCACGCCAGAGGAAGCUCGGGGGACGGAAUGGGACUAUGUGAUUUCUUGUAGCAAGGCAAUGCCGGGUUCGAGUCCGUCAACACCAGACAUCAUAAAACCUGCGAUCAGCCCUCGAACAGCAAUCGUACUUUGCCAGAACGGCAUCCACAUCGAAGACGAAUUCGCCAAAGCCUUCCCCAACAAUGCUAUCAUCUCCGGCGCUGUUUACCUACCUGUUACUCAAACCUCCCCGGGGUUCGUCACCCACGGCUACAUCGAGCGACUCGAAAUCGGAACCUACCCCGCCGACGCGGUCAAAGCACAUAAAGACUCCGUCCAGACCUUCGCAGAUAUAUUCACUGCUGGGAAAGGAACCGCGCAUGUCUUCGACGACGUCCAACCCCGUCGCUGGAACAAACUCAUUACGAACGCGUCGUGGAAUCCUCUUUGCGCCCUGUCACGUAGCAAAGACAUUCACCUCUUAAACUCUACGCCCAGCUCGAAGAAGAUGAUCUACGGGAUUAUGCUCGAGGUUGUGAAGAUUGCGCAGGCGUGUGGGUAUACGGAUAUCAUUGCGAAACAUGCGGAUGCGCAGAUGGAGCGCGUGGUGGUGCAGAUUCCAGACAGAGGCAUAUAUCCUAGCAUGGUUGGAGAUGCGCUGAAUCUGAGGCCGAUGGAGGUUGAGGCUAUUGUGGGGAACACGGUGAGGAUUGCGAUGGAGAAGGGGGUGGAGGUGCCGUUGUUGGAGUUGACCUAUACACUCAUUAAGGCGCUGGAUGAGAGUAAUAGGAAGAGACGUGAUGAGAAGGCUUAG